AUGAUGGCAGACUCAUCAAUAAUUGCUCGUUUUGUCUAUAGGAGCAUGGAUUUGUUUGCGGGCUUGAGCUCGAUCUUCACCCUGGCGGCUAUUUCCCUUGAAAGACUCCACGCCAUUGUUCGCCCUCUUCGCCAUCGACAACUCACCUUACGCAGCUGCGCGAUUGCCAUAGCAACGCCAUGGAUCUUAUCCUCUAUUGUGACGUCAGUUCCCGUAUUUCCCUUUAUAACCUAUAUUCAGACCAGUUCUGUGAUAAUUAUUAGCUUGUCAACACCUUUGUUGAUAACGUGCGUUUCCUGUUGCAUUAUUUGGAGGAAGCAAGCUUCUAGAAUUCGCAGUGGAGCUCGAGAAAGAAAGGAUGUUCACUUAAAUAAGACGCUGCUAUUGAUAACUGCGGUAUUUGUUUUCUCAUGA